UGUGAUGAUUCUGCACUGGGCCGGUGCAAGGAGUGAAACAGUGAGCUGUGCUAGAGGGAGAGUCAGUGUGUGUGUGCAUGCUAACAGUGUGCCUUAUGGACAGAGGGGGCUUGAGUGACUGUUGACUAGCCGGCUAGUAGGUGGAGGAACAGUAAGAACACAGACAGAACUCCGUGCUUGUUGGAUCCAGUGUUUGUUGUGGAAUCUAUACUCUCAGACCAGGAGGUUCUGGGUGACGGUGGGUUGAAGGAGCGGGAUGUCUAAGAUGACGUUGUGGUUGGGCCUCCUCCUGGCUCUCAGCGCAGGUCGUCUGGAUGCUUGGUUCUGGAACAAGGACCCUGAUCCUACUACCCAAGCCCCAACGAAGGCUCCGCCACUGGGCAAGGCAGGAGGACAGCUCAAGAGAGGUGAGGAGAACCUGGCAGGGGUUGGGGCAGAAAUCAUCAACGUGGCUGAUGGGAUCCGUAAGUUUGUGCAGACGUGGGACGCGACCCCAGCCACUUGGACUGACAGAGGAGUGGCGAGCCCUACCACACAGAUGGCUAAUAAGGAGGAGUCUGUGUCUGGGGAAGGGUCUGGGGCUAAGGAAGGAUCUGGGUCUGGGGAAGGAUCUGGGUCUAAGGAAGGAUCUGGGUCUGGGUAUAAGGAAGGAUCUGGGUCUGGGGAAGGAUCUGGGGCCAAGGAAGGAUCUGGGUCUGGGGAAGGAUCUGGGUCUAAGGAAGGAUCUGGGUCUGGGUAUAAGGAAGGAUCUGGGUCUGGGGAAGGAUCUGGGUCUAAGGAAGGAUCUGGGUCUGGGUAUAAGGAAGGACCUGGGUCUGGGGAAGGAUCUGGGUCUAAGGAAGGAUCUGGGUCUGAGAUGGGUUCAGGAUCAGGGUCUGGUUCAGCGUCUGGUGUAGGGUCUGGGUUUGGAUCGAGGAAUGAGUCUGGUGUAGGUUCAGGGACCGGCUCGGGUUCGGGGUCAGGGCUUGGAGAAAGGGAAAGUGUGGUUCUCCCCACUAACCUAACAGGGGUGGUGGAGGAUGACCUCACAGGGGUUGAGGGGGUGAAACAGGGCGAACCAAAGACCAACCUCUCUGACAUCUCUUCUCAUGACCACAAUGGAACCUGCCACCUUGUGCCCUCUGAUUGGCCAAUCUGCAUAUCAAGGGGGUCAAAGAAUUUCUCGCUGCCCAACUUCCUGAACCACACCUCUGUGGAGGAGGUUGGCGUGGCCCUGAGAGAGUGGGCGUGGCUGGCCAAGGCGGGGUGCCACCAUGGAGCCGAAUGGUUCCUCUGCCUCCUCCUCGUGCCCAGGUGCUCGCUGCCUGGCCAAGUGCUCAACAAGGUUCCCCUGCUGCCCUGCUGCAGCUUCUGCCAAGUCCUGCAAGACAGCUGCUGGCCAGCCCUGGAUGACGGGCGACUUCCUGUAGAGUGUAAUUUGCUGCCCGACAGGGAUCAGGAGGCGGGGUUGCGGUGUCCGCCAUGCGUGUCAGUUAGUAAUCGGAAAGCAGAGAGUGGUGUGACUCUACUGCAGCUGAUCGGAGGCCUGCCUCCUGAUGAAUCCCAGGCCGGUCCGGGGGGGAAACCCGCCUACUACUUCGGAGGGCAGGACGGGCUGAUUGCUGCGGGACAGCCGGCCCUGUCCCACCUCCCCAACCCCUUCUACAGAGACUUCUCCCUGGUCUUCCAAAUCCUCCCCUCCAGCCCCGGGGUCCUCUUCUCCAUCACAGACGCCUCCCAGAAGUUCAUGUAUGUGGGGGUGAAGCUGAGCGCCCCAGACGCUGACGGCAGGAAUCAGAAGAUUCUGUUCUACUACACAGAGCCCGACUCGGAGGCCUCGUACCUGGCCGCUAGUUUCACUGUGCCCUCCCUGGACCUAGUCUCCUGGACCAAGUUCUCUCUGUCCGUGUUCAACGACCAGGUAACCUUCUUUAUGGGGUGCGACGCCUCUGGGAAGACGGUGAAGUUGGAGCGCUCGCCGGAUGACAUGGAGCUGGACAGGGGGGCGAACAUCUUCGUGGGUCAGGCGGGAGGCGCGGACCCUGACAGGUUCGAGGGGGCGAUCGCUGAGCUGAACGUGGUGGGUAACCCUCGAGCAGCUGAGUUCCUCUGUGAAGAUGAUGAUGACUCAGACGCUGCCUCAGGUGACUUUGGCAGUGGGGAUGGGGACAGAAGAGAGACCGGCAAAACUACCACACCUCCAUCUCUCCGACCAGUGCCAGAGCCCCCUCUGACAUCAUCAGUGAGCGACAGGCUCUCAGAGACAGGUGACAGGAAUCAUCAGACCUCAGUAGAGUCCAGACCAGGAUCAGGAGGUCAACCAGGCCCUAGUGGUUCUAACGGAGUGAAAGGGGACAGAGGGGAGAAGGGCAGUCCAGGGGACAGAGGUCCCGCCGGUCCAAAGGGGGAAUCGGGGUCUUUCUCCAGCUCUGCUUCUUCCUCUGGCUCUUCAUCAGGCGGAGGAGAACGUGGAGAAAAGGGAGACAAAGGCUUGAAGGGCAGUUCUGGGUUUGGUUACCCAGGCUCCAAGGGGGACCGUGGUGUACCUGGUCCCCCUGGCCCUCCUGGCCCUGGGGGGCCAGCUGCCCAGGUUGUGAGGCUAGGGGACGGCUCUGUGGUGCAGCCAGUGGUGGGGCCAAUGGGACCGAUGGGGCCCCCAGGAGCCAAAGGACCAGCAGGACCCCAGGGACCAGAGGGAGAGGCGGGGGAUCCAGGAGAGGAUGGCAAAUUAGGACCUGCCGGAGACAGAGGGUUCCCAGGAACACAAGGAGACUCAGGGGUCAAAGGACAAAAGGGGGAUCGUGGGGAUGGUCACCCAGGACCCAGGGGUCCUCCAGGGCCACCUGGACCCCCAGGCCCAGGGAUAGCUGACCGUGCUACAUUUUUGGAUGUGGAAGGCUCAGGAGGAUUCCCAGAUUUGGAGAAAAUGCAGACUCUCCGUGGUCUACCAGGCCCCCCCGGCCCUCCAGGCCCCCCCGGCCCCUCAGCCGGUGGUGUCAGCUCCCAUGGGUCAGGCUCUUUCGGGCCCCCUGGACCUCCCGGAAAGGACGGGGACCGUGGCCUACCAGGGCCCGCUGGUCCACCUGGCAGACCUGGAACCCCAGGAUCCAGUAGCGGAGAGAAGGGAGAAGCUGGUGAUCUAGGUCUUCCAGGGCCCAGUGGAGAGAGGGGUUCUCAGGGUGACCCUGGAGUGCCUGGUCAGGCAGGGCAGGGGGGCUUGGCUGGGCUUCCUGGGCCCAUGGGACCGAUUGGGCCUCCAGGACCACCCGGACCUUCCUACCCCGUGCGUUAUGGUGACGGGGAGGGUUCCGGAGUGACGGGGGUCAAUGGUGUUGCUGGAGUGAUAGGGAUUCCAGGACCACAGGGUCCGCCCGGAAUCGCUGGCCUUCCGGGAAGAUCUGGUUUGCCUGGGCUUUCGGGAGAGAAGGGGAGCGAGGGAGCAAGAGGACGGGAUGGAACACCAGGGAUGGACGGAUUCCCAGGACAAUUGGGAGACAAAGGGGAGAGGGGAGACAGAGGAGAAAGGGGUGAGCCAGGACGUGAAGGGGGGCCCCCUGGACCUCCAGGAGCCCCUGGCCCACCGGGACAGAUCUACCAGACCUCAGGCAGCUUUGAUGGAGUUCUUGGGAAUCAAGGACAGGGAGGACCAGGUCUUCCCGGCCGGGCAGGAUUCCCAGGGCCUAUGGGACCAAAGGGAGAUACAGGAGAGCCUGGACAGCCAGGAUACGCAGCUAAGGGGGAGAAAGGAGAACCUGGUAUUAUCAUUGGGCCUGAUGGAAGACCCCUGUACCUGGGAGGGCUGGGGUCUCAACCGGGAGAGAAGGGACUCCCGGGACCUGAGGGACCUCCUGGUCCCUAUGGUCCAGCUGGUCUAAAGGGAGAUAUAGGCAUGCCAGGUAGACCGGGCCGUCCUGGGUUGAAUGGUGUCAAAGGAGAGAGGGGGGAUUCAGCGGGAGGGACUGGAGGAUAUGGAGGUCCUCCAGGACCACCUGGUCCACCCGGACCCCCCGGGCCAGCAGUACCUCUGGACAGGUUCAAUAGGGAUGAUGUCUCACGGUUAUAUCCUGACUCCAAAGGAGACAAAGGUGAUCGUGGAGUACCAGGAAUACCCGGGGUACCAGGUCUCACGUCCAACUUUGACAUCUACACCUUCAAGAAGGAGAUGAAGGGAGAGAGAGGAGACUCGGGGAUGAAGGGGGAGAAGGGCGAGCCAGCCGGAGGAUAUUAUGGCGGCGGUUACGGUGGACAGGGUGGUCAACCUGGACCUCCAGGACUUCCGGGGCCAAAGGGAGAGUCCAUCAUCGGUCCUUCAGGGCCCCAGGGCCCUCCAGGUAACCCAGGAAGAGGGUACGAAGGCAGGCAAGGGAACCCAGGCCCACCAGGGCCCCCCGGACCUUCAGGAUCAUCCUCUUCACCUGGAGCCUACAGGCCAACACAGACCAUCAGCAUCCCUGGACCUCCGGGCCCUCCUGGCCCACCUGGAACUGAUGGACACUCCUCUGGGGUGAUGGUGCUGAGGUCAUAUGACACGAUGACAGCCACGGCCAGACGACAGGCAGAGGGGACGCUGGUGUAUCUGGUCGACCAAACAGACUUUUACAUCAGAGUACGAGAUGGUUUCCGGCAAAUCCAGCUUGGACCAUACAUAGCUUUACCCCCUGACCAGGGUAAUGAGGUAGCAGCUGUCGACCCUCCUCCAGUGGUCUACUACCAGCCAGACCAUCCCUCUAACACGGCCACAGAGCAACCCCCCAGACAGCUAGACCCCCACCAGCCACAGCCUGAGGGACAACACCCUGUUCACCCCGACCCACGUUACCCGACUCACCCGGAUCCACGCUACCCAGCCCAGCCUGAUCCACGCUACCCAGCCCAGCCUGAUCCACGCUACCCAACCCAGCCUGAUCCACGCUACCCAGCCCAGACGGAUCCACGCUACCCAGCCCAGCCUGAUCCACGCUACCCAGCCCAGCCAGAUCCACGCUACCCAGCCCAGACGGAUCCACGCUAUCCAGCCCAGCCAGAUCCACGCUACCCCUCACAUUCAGACCCUAGAUACCCCUCACACCCCGACCCACGCUACCCCUCACAUUCAGACCCUAGAUACCCCUCACACACUGAUCCACGGUACCCCAGUUAUACAGACCACCAGCACAACCCUGACCCUGUUCAGCCGGUCCAGCCCCAGCCAGCCCCUGUCCCACAGAACCCAGUUUACUCAGACACCCGCUACCCUGUAACCCCACAACGCAGACCCAGACCUCCUGAGACCCCCAGCCACCAACACACGUCAGGCCCAAGCAUUCACCUGGUCGCCCUGAACGCCCCCCAGGGGGGUAACAUGCGGGGUAUCAGAGGGGCAGACUUCCUGUGUUUCAACCAGGCUCGGGCCAUCGGGCUGAAGGGAACCUUCCGGGCUUUCCUCUCCUCCAAGCUCCAGGACCUUUACAGCAUCGUCCGCAAGUCAGACAGAGAUCGCAUGCCCAUCGUCAACCUAAAGGAUGAGGUCCUGUUUGACAGUUGGGAGGCCAUCUUCAGUGACUCAGAGGGCAGAGUGAAGGACAAUGUACCCAUCUACUCCUUCGAUGGCAAAGACAUUUUCACAGACGGCACAUGGCCAGACAAGAUGAUAUGGCACGGUUCGACCAGCAGGGGGCACGGCCAGGUGGAUAACUACUGUGAGACGUGGCGUAUAGGGGAGCGUGCGCUGACGGGCAUGGCCUCCUCUCUACAAGAGGGCCAGCUCCUCCAACAGAGAACCAGCAGCUGUCACAGCUCCUACGCCGUGCUCUGCAUCGAGAACAGCUACAUCGGACAAUUCAAGAGAUAGGACUGACCGACCAAACGCACACACACACUACAGCCAGAUCAAGAGAUAAGCCUAAUGAAAUACCCACACAAACACAUCAGCCAAUCCAGGAGGCCUAACAAAACGUAAGUACCAGUGGAGGCUGGUGACUUAAAAAACGAGGAUGGUAGACCCAGGGUAUAGGCGCGGAGCGCACGGAGACAACAAAGUGUGUUUCAAAAAUCGUCAAAUACUAAUUAUUUUAACCUAAAGCAUUUAAUAAAGACAUUUAUAGUACACUAUUAUGGGGAAUGGGAAUGAGAGGGCUACUUACAGUGUUGGAAAGGGACCACAGCAGUGAUUGAAUGAGGGUAUGAGGCAUGAGUUGAGGUGUUCAGAGGCUUGACCAGUGCAGGACAGGAUUUGCCUAGAAAGACAAACAAUAACACAACACACUACACAGUUAGACAAAAGAGCUCAGAAUGAGUUAGUCUAAGCAAAGAGUAAAAUUAUUGAUGUGUAAUAAUGUGAUUGUGUUUGACUCUUCAAAAAUGAACGAGAGAAAAUUGAUAGGGGGACUUACAGAGCUUGGAGAGGAAACAUUCAAUGUGGAUGAGCGGGCACAUGAGACAUGGCUUCAGUUCAUGUCAGGAGAUAGUUGACAAUGGUAGUGGAGUGGUCAUAACCUCUUAAUCAGUGAACAGGAGGGGACAUACCUGUAAAUACAAAUAGCAGAUACAUUCCAUUACUUCUAUGAAGUUAAACUCAAGACAUCUCAAAAUUCACUAAGUCAAACACAGACGGCUAGCUACUGAAGUUAGCGAGGCUAACUUUUAAAAAUGUUAAAUCAAUUGCACUAACUGGACAUAAAAAUGAAGUUCUAAAACCAAGAAAACUAUAAUAUACCUCUUCUGUCUCCUGUCAUUUGAAAAAAAAACAAAUUUGGAUUAAAUAAAAUCCCCAAAAUGCUCAACUAUCAUUGUUCACUCUUAAUCUCUAUCUGACAAUGUCACCAAGUUUCAAAACACAUAGAAUCCCCAUAAUGCUCUGUGGCACAAUCCCAAUAAAACACACUAUUUGUUCUCUGAUCAUAAAAGCUUUGAUCUGUUGGAGGACUUCCUCCGGAAGUGGUCAUAAUUACCAUGUAUGUCUACGGAAGGGGGUGAGGCCUACGAGCCUCCUAGGUUUUGUAUUGAAGUCAGAGGAGGAUGGAAGCUAGCUGUCCUCCAGCUACACCAUGGUGCUACCCCAGACAGUGCUGUUGAAGUUACUGUAGACCAUCAUUGCAAAACAGUGUAUUUUAAUCAAUUAUUUGGUGACAUAUGAAUAUAUUUAGUAUAGUUUUAUCUAAAAAGUAUAACUUGAAUGUUUCUAAUGUUUACAUUUUUAUGAAAUUUCACCGAAGAUGGUCCUUCCCUUCCUCCUCUGAGGAGCCUCCACUGGUACACACACACACACACACACAACGGUGCUUUGUAUAUAACGGCUAUAUUCCCCUUCUCCAAUACACUCAGUCCAGCUGGCCAAAUAGGACCACAUGUCCAUAAUAUGGGGUUGAUCAAGAACAGCGACAACCAGGCUAAGAGAUGGACCCCCCCUAUACCCCAAUCCACCCCCCUUUAUACACUGAUCGCAGCUGACCAAACAGCCCACCCCGACCCCCUGCACAUACGUCUAAAUCACUGUUCUGUAAACACCUCAACACUGGGGUUUUCAGUAGAGGUUGUAUUCAUUCCACUUCUCCUUUCACUGUCCACUUCAGAAAGACAUGUUCAUUGGGGGUUAGAAGACAGACUAUCACAAUGUACAUUUAUUUUUUUGUGGUCUUACCCUCAAAAGCAUAAUACCUGCAUUGUAGAAAGUCUAUAGCCUUUUAACAGUUUGCCCUAGAAUCAGACCGCACCUACAGAUUAAACAGGACACUAAUUCUGUUCUCUAUGAUUCCAACAAGCUAACUGUUGCAGUAUUGUAUAUUAAAUGAUUAUUAUCCAUUGUUGUAAUUUUUUAUUAACUUUACAUUUUGUUGUAAUCAGUACAUAUAACCAGUUUUUGAAGUACUAUCUAUAACAUUGUCAUAAAUGUUGGAUGGUUUUAUUUUGCUAGCGGACAUCAAAAGAGAACAGGAUAUUUAAAAUGUUUUGAUAUCAAAAGGAGUAUUUAUUUUGCGAUUAACAUUUUUUUUAAGUAGUUUUAACAUUCACACUUUUCAGUAAUUGACUCCAUGGAUCUAUGUAUUGACAGAGGAAGAGAUGAGCCUGGGCCAAGAAUCAUGACAUUUUGUAUCAAAAAUCUAAUUACUAUGUUUUUGUUUUGCAAUGUCCUUUUGCGUUUCAAAAUUCUCAAAAAGUGCUCUUAAGUGUUUUUCAUGUCUAUGCACUGUGAUAGAAAUUAAAUAAGGCUUUUAAUCCAAA